UACAAACCCUAGUUCUUGAGAGUUACAAAAAGGAUUGAUCUAGAUUCAUUCUAAAUUAUUGCGAAGAUUGUUGAAGAUCGAGUCAUACCAGGUCCCCAAUUUGAGCAAUGCAGUGGAGUGAAAAAUCGAUCAAGAAUCGGUGAAAACUAGGCUUGUUGCUUCGGAGAAUUUCACAAUUGUCAAGGUUCAGAUCAAUGCCAGAUAUACCUGGGACUUCUUCAGCAAGAAUGGCAGCUUCUGAAACAAAUUCUAGAAGAACAGGUCAACGAAACAAUAGAGUUGUUUGGGAGAAUUUAUCUGAGGAAGAGAAGCUUGCUGCGAUAGAGAGUCUUACUGUUUAUUGCAGGCCUAUAGAGCUCUACAACAUAAUUAAGAGUCGUACUAAAAAAAAGCCAUUAUACCUUCGGAGAUGUAUGGACUACCAUAUAAAGGCUAAGCGCAAGAAGAGGCUUGUAUUGACGGCUUCGUUGUCAUGGAAAGAUGAUGAUAAUCGGGCGCUGUUUCCUUUGUGUGUCUGUCUGGGAAGGCUGGAUCCCAAUACGGAAGCUCGAAGCGCACAAAGGUAUCAUGUUGGUAAGAUAUCCUCAUUUAAAGGACUCUCAGGAGUUGAUGGGAAGGGGAAUACUCAACUCGAAGUAAACUUCAUGCUUCCCGAAUUUGAUAAGUUAGCUGGGGAAGUUAGCACUGCCAAAUAUUGGUUCUUGGUCUUUGCUUCUGCGGGGAACCCAAUUUCAUUAUCUAGAGCCAAUUCGAGCCCGUGGCCUGUGGAGGUGUCUUCUAAUGAAUCAUGGGGCGGAGAGAGAUGUUUAUAUGGAAAAGUAUCUUUGAACUUUCAUCAAGAUAAUGGAAAUGUAUUUCCAUAUUUUCUUUUGCGAAAGCCAGGCAAGAUUAAGAUUGAGAUGAAUUUGCAUCCAUGUAUUUUGACGUAUCAUUUGCAGUAUUGUAUUCAAAGAAAGAGCAAGAUCAUCUCAAUUCAAGAUUCCAGGAACUCUAAGGCUAAAUUAGAGCAAUUUGAAGUCUCAUUUUGUCUUGAAGAAUUUGGAGCUAGGGAAAAAUCUUCUAGCCAGACAAAUACAAGCACAGAAGUAUCAUGGAUUCCGCCAUCUUCAUCACAAAUCCUUUGGUCCAAAGAAGGAAAUGUGGUAUUUUGUUAUAGGUAUUAUAAUAAUAAGUUGCACAGAACGGAAGUAACUGAAAAUUUCUCCUGUACAAUUUGUUUGGAUCGAUGUGCAUCAUACAAGGGAUUAAAAUGUCACCUACAAUCGUCACAUGAUGGCUAUUUCAAUUUUGAAUUUUCGAAUUCGGAGGAUUUUCCAUUUGUCUUUUUGAGUGUGAAGACCGUAAUCAGUACUAUAAAGGAUGUUGGAGCGGGUAUUAAUCCAAGACUACAAACUUUUCUAUAUUGUGCCAAACGACUUAAGCAUAGAGAACCGACUCGUGGUAGAACAAAUGAGACAGACCGAUUGCUCUUUAAUGCUGGAGUUCCUUCACCCGAUGAAUCAAAAGCUAUUAUUUUACAUCCUGGUCCGCGCUGUGUUCCAUCAAUAUUUGAUCAUGAUAAUGGGACACAUGCAAUGCUACAAUAUGACCCUGAAGGGGUUUCAGAUGAAAUUUUACUUCCUGGUCCGGAUUGUGUCCUAUCAGUAUCUGAUCAUGAUGAUGUGACGCAUGCAAUGAUACUAGAUGAUCAUGAAGGGGUUUCAAAUGCAACUUUACAUCAUGAAGGGGUUUCUAAUCGUGAUGAUGGGACACGUGCAAUGCUAUUAGAUGACCAUGAAGGGUCAAAUGCAACUUUACAUCCUGGUCCAGAUUGUGUCCUAUCAGAUGAUGAUGGGACACAUGCAAUGCUAGAAGAUGACAGUGAAGGGGUUACAAAUGCAAUUUUACUUCCUCGUCCAGAUUAUGUCCCAUCACUAUCUGAUCAUCAUGGUGGGACACGAGCAGUGCCACAAGUUGACCAUGAAGGGGUUUCAAAUGUAAUUGUUUUAAAUCCUAGCCAGGAUUGUGUCGCAUCAACGUCUAAGCAUGAUCAUGGGGCUCCUAAAGUGCGGAAAGCUAGGAAGAAAGACAAGUUACCAAUUGAGCAAUAUGACCCAAGAAUCGUUGCCCGGUUUGAGAAGCGGCAGUUCUAUCACUCUCACAAAUACCAGCCUAUGGCACUUGAAGAAGCGCUAUUAGAUGAAGAUAGUGAGGAUGAAAUGAAUGAGGGUGCUCAGGAGAUUGAAGAUCGAAGGAGACUUGCUAUUCUUGAUGCGCCAGACCAUGUGAAAGAGUUCCUAUCUCUGUGGAACGCAUUUAUUAAGAAACAUCGUGGCAGAGUGCUGGCAGAUGGUCACAUAAAUUGGGCUUGUGAAGCUUUCACAAAAUAUCAUUCUGCUGAGUUUGCCCAGUCCAACUCGUUAGCCUGGAAUUGGAGAAUGUUUAUGAUCAAACUAAUUAAUCAGGGUCUUCUAAAGACAUCGACCUUCGUUGCAUGCAAUAAUAUUCUCGAACAAUGCCGGAAGCAGAACCAAGAUCCCCAAAGGCAGAAUCAAGAUCCCCAAAGCUAAAGAAAAUUUAGUUUUAAUUAAUUCCUUCAAAUCAAAACAAACGAAUGGACUUCUCUUUACAAGGUGCAAAUUACUGCCACCGUCUUGCGGAAUCUUUUUAGUUUUAAUUGUUGUCUUUGAUGUACUGUUAUUAGUUAUUACCUUUGGUUGUACCAUAAAUUUGCCAAGGAUAAAAAUUUCAGCGGCAUGGAGCUGAAGAAGUUCUUAAGCUCCCUAAGUUUUUAUAUUCUUGAUUCAUUUCUGUUAAGUGUUUGAAAUUCUGCUAUGCCAUACUUUUUAUUAUUCUUGACAUCAA